CUGCUGCGCGUCGCAUCGAGCAAUACCGUCCGCAACAAUGGAGAACGACCAGGGUGUCCUCGUUGACCUUUACGUCCCGCGCAAGUGCUCGGCGACCAACCGCCUGAUCACUUCAAAAGACCACGCCUCUGUGCAGAUCAACGUUGCGGAUGUCGACGCGAACGGUCGCGCACAGAACACCCACAUCACCUUCGCCUUCUCCGGCCAGGUGCGCGCGAUGGGCGAGAGCGAUGACUCGCUGAACCGGUUGGCGACCAAGGCUGGCUUGCUACGGAACGUCUGGUCAUACCAGAAGUGAUCGUGUACGAUAGACGACCUUCCACAUCUGCAUCUGUGUAUCCUAGCUGCGCUAUCCAUAUCGCUUUCCGAGGGCCCUGAUCUGUGCAUGCCUAUCGUCCCUCAUUCGACCAACAAUCACAUUCAUAACAAAGUCAACGCCCGCUCUUCAGAGAAGCUGCUCACGCCUGCUCGCACUACAUGGCCUUGCAAGUAACACCCUCGGUCUUGACUGUCGCAUGCACCGAAGAGACUCUUCCUUUCUUUUCAUCCUCCGUGAACGAAUGUCCCCUUCCUCUUUGUCUCACACAAUUAAGACAGUUCACACCAGAAGUAUAGAGCAAUGCAGCGCAAUUCCAUUGACUAGAUUACAUGUUGCCAUUACAGAGUCCAA